AUGUUAUGCAGACUCGAUUGGUCCGAUGAGUACGCGCAAAAUCCAACAUGGUGGAAAAGAAGAUCCGCUUUAGAACGAGGAUUGACGAUAAUUGCAGUUUGCGGAGUCCUUUUAUGUAUUGCCUUGGCAAUAAGCAUUGGUGUAAUAGUUUCGAACUCGAGGUCAUGCAAUGGCACAGAUGCAGAAGGUAUAGUUAUAGAUUAG